AUUUCAGGUUUUCAUCGUAAUAAAUUCCUCUUUUAAUGAAUUGAGUUGAGUUUUGAGUCCGUCACUUCCGGCUUGCCGUAGGUUAACGUUUAAGCCCCAUUGAGUCGGUCAAAGUCUACUCCAGCAGCUGCAGACUGCCUCAAAGCUGUUUGAACUUUCACAUUUCUCCACAAUGACAGCGAGAAACAUCUCCAAAUUUUGGGAAUGGGGGCGGAAGAUAAUUUGUGUCGGGAGAAACUACGCAGACCACGCCAAAGAGCUGAAAAACGCUAUUCCUACGGAGCCCGUCCUGUUCCUGAAGCCCCCUUCAGCCUACGUGAGGGAGGGCUCUCCUAUCCUGGUGCCUUUAUACAGCAGCAACUUGCACCAUGAAGUUGAGCUGGGGGUCGUCAUAGGGAAAGGAGGCACUGCUAUUCCCCAGUCUGCAGCCAUGGAGCAUGUCGCAGGCUAUGCUUUGUGCUUGGACAUGACAGCCAGGGACAUCCAGGAUGAGUGUAAGUCCAAAGGUCUGCCAUGGACCCUGGCGAAGGCUUUCAACACCUCCUGUCCGGUGAGUGACUUCAUCCCCAAAGAGCGCAUCCCUGACCCGGGGAGCGUAAAGCUGUGGCUGAAGGUGAACGACCAGCUGAAGCAGAGCGGCUGCACCUCCCAGAUGAUCUUCUCCAUCCCUUUUCUCAUCAGCUACAUCAGCGAGUUCAUCACCCUGGAGGAGGGGGACCUCAUCCUGACUGGGACCCCUAAAGGGGUGUCAGCUGUGCAGGAGCAUGAUGAGCUGCACGCUGGGAUCGAGGAUAUUAUCACCAUGAGCUUCAGAGUAGACAGACAAGAUCAGUGAAAGACAAUAUUGGUACAUGAAAUACAUGCACAGACUCUGGGUUUUUACUGUGAAACUGGAUUUAGUCAGAUCAAUUAUAUUUUUCAUUAUCUGUUUGGACCAGCAGGUGGCUGUGUUGCACCAUGAGGACCAUAUCUCUCCAGCAUUUACUGUAAAUCCUCUUCCCAACACUUGAAAACAAGUUUUAAAGCACAUUUUCACAGCAUCCACUAAUCUCAGCAUUGUGAAUGCACUUGAGGUUUAUUCUUCUGUACAGGCUUUACAUUGAUUAAAAAAAUCAUUAAUUCCCAGAUGCUACUGUCUUUGUUCAAGAUUAUAGUAAAUGUGAUUUAAGAUAAGUUCAUUAUACUUGAAUGGAAAUGAAAUUAUAUGUUAAAUUGGUACAUUGGUAGUAAAAAGUGUGAUUUUCAA